AUGGGAAUUACAGGGCUGUUGCCUCUGUUGAAAUCAAUAAUGGCGCCAAAACACAUAAAGGAACUGGAGGGCUGCAGUGUUGCCGUUGACACGUAUUCUUGGCUCCACAAGGGCGCUCUUUCUUGUAGCACCGAGCUCUGCAAAGGCCUGCCCACCUCCAAGCAUAUUGACUACUGCAUGCAUCGAGUAAAUUUGUUGCGUCAUUAUGGCAUUAGACCCGUGCUUGUUUUUGAUGGAGGUCCCCUACCAAUGAAGCUUGACCAAGAGAAUAAACGUGCCAGGUCUAGGAGGGAAAACCUUUCUCGUGCUAUGGAGCAUGAGUCUAAUGGAAACUUGAGUGCUGCUUAUGAGUGUUACCAAAAGGCUGUUGAUAUAUCACCUUCAGUUGCCCACGACCUAAUCCAGGUCUUAAAGCAGCAGAAUGUUUCAUUUAUCGUAGCUCCUUAUGAGGCAGACGCACAGCUGACAUUUUUGGCAGUAAGCAAACAGGUUGAUGCAGUUAUUACUGAAGACUCAGAUUUAAUAGCAUUUGGUUGUCCCAGAAUCAUCUACAAGAUGGAUAAAUUUGGGCAAGGUGUCGAGUUUCGGUAUUCAACGUUACAACACAACAAGGAACUAAAUUUAACAGGUUUCACCCAGAAGAUGAUUCUUGAAAUGUGCAUAUUAAGUGGUUGUGACUAUUUGCAGUCUCUGCCUGGAAUGGGGCUGAAAAAGUCUCAUGCCAUGGUUAAAAAGUUUAAAAGUUAUGACAAGAUAAUCAAACAUCUGAAAUACAACAGUGUUGCAGUGACUCCUCUUUACGAAGAAUCUUUCAAGAAAGCAAUUUUGACAUUUCAGCAUCAACGAGUUUAUGAUCCUGUUACUGAAGAUAUUGUACACCUAUCGGAGCCAUCUGACAAUAUCGACGACAAUUUAGACUUCUUAGGUCCAUAUCCUUAUCAAUGUUGA